UUUUUUCUCUCAAAGUUUUACAAUAGAGUUAGUAGUUAGAGCAAUGAAUGUGCUUUCUUUUUUCUCUUGGAUUGUAGGUAGUGAACAAUGAAAAAGAGCCCUUGUUUGAGAUUGAUAGAAGAAAUGGGAUGUAAAAGUCUUCCAGAAGUCAGCAUUGAAUUUUGUUGCAGUUUCAUGGACAUCAAUUUGAUCAUAAAUAUUUUAUUUACUUGUUGCAUCUCAGAGGAAUAUGACACUGCUGCGACGAGAGGGCUUCGACACAAGUAUCCAGCAAGAGCAUUAGGAGAAGGCAUUUAUCGGAUACCAAGGCACAAUCCAGGCAAGAGAAUGCAUGCUCAUUUGGUGUACAAGCUAGAAUUGCCAUCAAAAGACAAGGAAAACGAGCCUCAAGAGUCGCUUAACAUCGAACGUGAGGGCUCAUUUAUAAUUCACAUAAAGAAUCCCGAUCAACAUGGUGGCAGUUCCCAAUUUACAAGGUUUCCAACUCACCUACAAGGCCAAUUUGGGCACAAAAAGUUUGUUCGUGCUGACCCACCAGACAUGUUGAUUUACGAGGGAUGUGAGUUGCUGUUGAUAUCUGCUUCGGAUGCCAUAGAAGAGGAGUGGGAAACUAAUCUGUAGGCAGAUUCUAAAGAAACAGAACAGCAGAAGGCCAAAAAAAGAAAAAGAAAUUACUGCAGCUAACAAAUGAAGCAAGCAAUGAAGAAUGACAACCUGAUAAUGAACAGCACAUGAGCAAACAUAGAACAAAAGUAGGUAAGAGGCCGCUAUCGGAAUGCAACCGUCCUCAACAACAACAACAACAACAACCCACAAUCGAAAGCAACAAAAAGAUGGAAUAUAUAAGAUAAUAAGUAUUUCCAAGCCAACUCUUUGAGAAAGGAAGGUAAUGUGCAGAAGAAGAAUUAGAGCAAUUAACUGUAAUGUUAAAACUUGUUAGCCUAUAUUGUGUGACUCGUCAUUCUUUGACGAUACAGGAUACCUGUAAACACAUGAGAGGAAAAGGUAGUUGCAAAUGUCUGCAGGAAUUCUAGCAUGCCAGGGAAGAAAUCCUUUUGCUGCCAUCUAAAGAUGGCUUCUCUAGCAGUCCGGAUGCCAAGACCACCCUUAUAAUUUCCCCUGGCAUCACCUUUACUAAACAUCUAGAUCAAAGAAGCAACUUGCUAAUUUGUUAAUAUACCCACAAAUCCUCCUAGCCAGCCAUGCUCAUACUCAUAGUAUAGAGCGGAAUUGAUGGCAGCAGCAGUGGGAGUGGAGUGAAUUGAAGUAUUCCAGGCACCUAAUUUACUGUGAGCUGCAAAACGACAUGGACAAUUGGAGGGUGAUGUGGCAAUGAAGACUUGAAUACACUUUAUUUUAAGAAGAAACUCAAUUUUGAUAGAUUGGAAACAUUAGAACAUAACUGUUUAUCUCAUCUUGUGUGUUUGGUUUUCAUCUACUCAUCCUAU